AUGUCUAAAUGGAAAUAUCUCCGCCCUUCUCGAUAUUCCAGGUUCUUUGAUCUGUUAUCCUUGACACAACCGAGUGAACCAAAGAAUAGUGGUAGAAGUCCACUGAAGCUAACCAAUAACUUCGUUGACCAUCACUCACCAAAUGCUGAAUUUUCGAUAUCCCGAUAUCAACAACAAACGCCUUUCUAUGCAGCCAAAAAGUCUGUACGAGCCACAUCCGACAGUUCCACUCCUCUUGGACGUUCAAAAUACAGCUAUGGUUCCUACAAUAUACAAACGCACAGAUCCUCCGAUAAUACAAUUCCCCCAACCAUCCAUCAGGAGGCCGGACAAAUGAGUUCGAACAGUGCACCUGUCCCCCUGAUGGACCGAACUGAUCUGCUCGCUCAAGAAAUCGCCAUAUGCCACGCUCUGACAGGUCUGACAACACAACAGCGAAAAAUGUGCCUUCAGCACUCUGGCCUGGUUUGGGCCAUGAUUGAAGGAACUCAGCUUGGUCUACAUGAAUGCGUCCACCAGUUCCAGCAUGAACAGUGGAACUGCUCAGCGGUCAAUCUCCUGUAUCAGAUGCAGUCUGAGACGAAUCCGGUGCCCAAAGUCAACGGAUUGGAGGGUGUACUCCAGCGAGGUUCCCGGGAAACCGCGUUUCUAUCAGCUUCAUGGUCUGCUGGUAUUGUGCAGGCAGUUACUCGGGCUUGUAGUCGUGGCCAAAUGGGGACUUGUGAUUGUGACCCACGGAGACGUGAGGGCCAGGAUAGAGAUUCUGAAGGGGUGUUUACCUGGGGCGGUUGCAGCGAUCCAAUCAAAUUUGGGAUGAGAUUGACGCGAAUGUUCCUCGACGCAAAUGAUCGUGAGCACCGUGAAGCAGCCAUACUUAGGGAGGAGCAACUACAUGGUCCUCGCUUUGGACGUCAGCGGAUGUUUGAUAACCGAGGUCACCUAAGAUCGACCGAACAUCGCCUCCGUUAUGUCCGUUCCCUCGGUAACAGCACCCCAUCACAACGGCCAAACUCAACAAAGGAGCUCAUAGAUCUGCCUGCGAAAUUGAGCCCUCAAGAACUGCAAGAAGAAACGUUGAGAAUUAUGCACACAAAAGCCCGAACUCUGAUGAAUUUACACAACCGAAGAGCAGGUAGAAAACUGGUCUGGAAGAACAGGAUCAAAAAGUGUAAAUGCCAUGGUGUCAGUGGAGCUUGCUCAAUGCGCACCUGCUGGCAACGAGUAAAUGAAUUUCGCCGCGUUGGUAUGCUACUCAAACUAGCCUACGAUAAGGCUAUCCGUGCGACUUACGAACCCAGACUGGAUAUACUACGCCCUACCAACAUAAUAGAACGCUUUGAGACCAGACCCUACAGUCGAUAUACCAGCAGAGGUGUGAUCAGUAACCUGCCAGUUCACCGAUCUGUGCCGUCAAACUGGGUGGCACCGAUGGCAAACGAAGCUGGGGCGACUCGACAGAAUCCGCCUAUUCCAAGUCUCUGGGAGCGCCGACGCUUUCCAAGAAGUGCUCCGGAAAUGGGUCAAGUGUCCAAGACAAAAUUAGUUUACCUGGAAGAGUCACCAAACUACUGUCGCCAUGAUUCUUCCAUCGGUGAGUGUUAG